AGUUACAUAUGCAUGUACACUAUAUUGCCAGAAGUAUUGGGCCAGUCCUCCAAAUCAUGUGAUUCAGGUGUUCCAAUCCCCUCCAUGGCCACAGGCAUGCAGACUGCUUCUACAAACAUUGGUGAAAGAAUGGGUCGCUCUCAGGAGCUCAGUGACUCCAAGCGUGGUCCCGUGAUAGGUUGUCACCUGUGCAAUAAGUCCAUCCGUGACAUUUCCUGGCUACUAAAUAUUCCACGCUCAACUGUUAGUGGGAUUAUACCAAAGUUAAAGCAACUGGGAACAACAGCAACUCAACCACCAAGUUGUAGGCUACGUAAAAUGACAGAGCGGGGUCAACGCAUGCUGAAGCGCACAGUGCGCAGAAGUCGCCAACUGUCUGCAGAGUCAAUAGCUAAAGACCUCCAAACUUGGUGUGGCCUUCAGAUGAGCCCAACAACGGUGCGUAGAGAGCUUCAUGGAAUGGGUUUCCAUGGCCAAGCAGCUGCAUCCAAGCCUUACAUCACCAAGUGCAAUGAAAGCGUUGGAUGCAGUGGUGUAAAGCAUGCCGCCACUGGACUCUAGAGCAGUGGAGACAUGUUCUCUGGAGUGACCAAUUAUGCUUCUCAGUCUGGCAAUCUGAUAGUCCUGUGUGGGUUUGGCAGUUUCCAGGAGAACGGUACUUG